AUGCCCACGCCACAGCAGAGUGAAGGAAAAGACCUGCACCGGCGCUUUGCGGAAGCAGCUAAGGGUGUGACAGAGUUGUACCGCAAUGCCACUCUCUCAUACAAUGCCGGCUAUCGAGACGCCCUUCUGUUAGUUGAGCGUUACGCCCUUAUCGCAGCACAAAGUGGGGAAGCAACACCGCACGGUGCAUUAAGGCGCGACGACAGAACCAGUGAUGGCGGCACUGACCGCAACAGUCAUUUGAGCGAUCAGAGUAUAAGUAAUGGCGACAGUAUAAGCAUUAGCAGUUCACAGGAUUCUGCGAUCCCAGCAUCAAGGACAUCCUUUGCGCAAUGGGGAACACAGUCACCGCAGUUACUGAACAUCAAGCAGCUGCUGUGGUUCAUACAAAACAUAGUGAAGAGUCAUGAUGCUCUCACCGGUGCCCCACGCACCUUAAAACGCAGGCGGAGGCGGUCGUGUAGUUCAGCCGGUGUUCGCGGCUGCGCCGUCGGUAACGAUAAUGAAGACAACACCAGUAGUGGUGAAGGUGGCGGCAGUGGCGGGGGUUUUGGAGGACUACCGAUUCCAAGGUUCCGCUCCCCACAACAUCGGGCAGAGAACUGGAACGAGUUGCUGCUGCUUGGUGAAGGCCGUGCGACGCCACACACGGACGCCGACGGGAUCAAUUCCGAGGGUGAGCUAUGA